CUGCAGGCCACACCCCCACGUGGGACUGAGCCUCACCGAUCGGCUCCUGGGGCAGUGAUACUAGCAGGGAGAGCGGGCACACGCCAUGUAGAGACCAGCAUCUAUGGGCAGCAGCUGUCAGUGUCAGGAGCCCUCCCCUCACCCCCAUGGACCAGCUUCUCACCGCAGCCUGGGCGUGAUCCGCAUGGAGCGAGUGUCAGCUCUGUAGAUCAGCAGCCGAACCCCGCGCCGCUGGGACGUGAAGGCAUCCCGCUCAGGACCAUGUCCUCAGUGGCCUAUGUGGAUCACUUCGCGGCAGAGUGCCUGGUGUCCAUGUCCAGCCGGGCCAUCGUGCACGGGCACAAGAGUGACGACCCCGAGCCCGCCGCCCCCGCAGAGGACAAGGCUGGCCUCUUCGUCGUGGCCCGGAUCCUGGCCGAUUUCAACCAACAAGUCCCCGAUCAUGCGGAGGAGGAGGAGGGGCAGGAGAGCGUGGAGGUGCCGGCCGGGGACCAGAGUGUGGCCGGGGAACGUGGGGACAGGGCGGCCACACCUCCCCUCCUGCCGGGGCCGAGCGUGAGACAAAGAGCCAGACGGGGGAAGAGCAAAGGUGACCCCGAGUCACCCCUCAAGAAGCACAAGUGUCCCUACCCGGGCUGUGAGAAGGUCUACGGCAAGUCCUCCCACCUGAAGGCUCAUCUGAGGACUCACACAGGUGAAAAGCCAUUUGAGUGCAGUUGGGAAGAGUGCAACAAGAAAUUUGCCAGGUCCGAUGAACUCGCCAGACACUAUCGCACUCAUACUGGAGAGAAGAAGUUCUGCUGCCCCAUCUGUGAAAAGCGUUUCAUGCGUAGUGACCACCUGACUAAGCAUGCCCGCCGCCAUGCCAACUUCCAGCCCAGCAUGCUCAAAGGGCGAGGUGGUAUCAGCUCCAGGAAUGGCUCUGUCAGCGACUACAGCCGUUCCGAUGCAUCCAGCCCUGCUAUAAGCCCAGCAAGCUCCCCUUAAACUACUUGCACUGGACGUUAGCACUUUGCUUCAGCUAAUGUGGAACACUUUGGGAAAUUAAUUUUUGCAAACUUACAUUUAACUCUUUUUUUUUUAUAUUAUGAUUUUUUUCUUCUGUUUCUAAGUGGUUUGAAGAUGGUUUAUUUGAGAUAAUUAGAACAAAUACCAGUUACCAAUACGAGGAUAAACUUCCAGAUUUCCUCUCUUUUACCUUUCUAAACAUUCUUGGCUGCCUUUCUAUUGGAUGUCCAAAAUUCUCUUAACAAAUCUGUUUUGGAUCUCCAGAAUUAUACAGGUUCCUCUGUCCUGGAUCUUCAGCAUUCAGUACUUCCUCAGUGGUCUACCUCCAGAUUUCCAUAACGUUUCUGUUUUAUAUACAAAUACUAUACUAUAUACAUAUUUCUAUGACUCUCUAAUCUCAUACCUUAUGUGUGUCCACAGUUAUGAGUCUCUGUACCCUAUCUGAACAGUUUUUUUUUUUCUUCUACGUGGAAUACCUCUAAAGCCCAUUUCUUACAACCCACCUUCUUAUCUGCUAUAUCUCAUGUUCGUCAAAAGCUGAAUAUAUUCUUCCAAAAGGACAAAGAAUGGUUUAUGAAACAAUUCUCUUCACCUCAGGACUCCGAAAACUUGCACAAGAGUGUUGGUCCACAGCUUACAGUUAAUGAUGACUUUCAACUCUUCUUCAAUAUUUGCCCUCGCUCAGGGAUUGUCCAUUGGUUUUAAGAGUACAAUGAAGUCACCCCUUUACUGCAGCCUUAUACUAUGUGAGGUCCUACUUCUUUUUUAUUUUUUGCACUCAGAUUUUUGUUUCGUACGUACACAAAUGGGAAGUGCCAGUCCUAGGAUACAGUGCCCAUUUAGUGUUCGGGUAAUUCUGGUUUGGUCAUAUUUCACCGUCAUAUGUAUAUGUUAUUCCUAGACAUGUCCAUACGUACACCCCUAUAUGUGCCCUGUGUGGAUUACUUUGUCGGUUCAUCAUUAUCCGUCUGAUUUUAAUAUUUUCUACAAAAAAUUGAGUUUUAGUGCUCCAGUGCUUCUUUACAUGAGCAUUGUUUCGGAGCACUUUUCUCUCUUAUCAGGGUGUAAAGAAAUGGCACCUGUUACCGAGUCACUUGUGAUAGUUACUGAGUAAGCAGCACCGCCAGUGGGAAAGCUACAGGAGUCGCCAGCUGGCAGUACAUAGUACAAAAAGGACGUCAACCAUAUUUAUUUCCCUAAUGAUACUAGUGAAGUGGAUGAUGUGCCCGCAUCUCUGGAUUAGAAAAAGCUAUUCAGUUUUCUAAUAUACAAUAUACAUUGGGGGUCAUUUUUUAUGAUUACUGGUGUAAAAA